GUUCAAAGAUAAGUCCCUUGGCCACUACCGUCGUGAUGCUCCUACAGCUAGUGCCAUCGCUGAGAGCGUUUGCCUGGCCAUCGUGGCCUACAUGCAUUUUGUUUUGAUCAGCAAGGACGUUAAGAAUGCCUACUUCUCAGGAAAGUCGGUGAAUCGAGACAUCUACCUUGAGCAGCGUCACUCAGGACUUCCAGGCCCAGCAAGCGGGCAACUCCUGAAAGCCAAGAAAGCCAUCUACUAG